UCAUUCUAACCCAACAGCAGAUGGAUAUAUGGCUUGGGUAAAAGAGCAAAGGGAUCCACUUUAUCAAAUAAAAUUUGAACAGAUAUUUAGUUAUCUGCAAACAAUUAUCAAUUACAGAACAGCUAUCAGGAGAAAUAAUCCAUUGCUCAAGAGAGCUGCAAGACAGGUCUUUUCACCAAUAUGGUCAGCACGACGUCAUCCAAUAUAUCGUAUGAUAGAUGUUGCAGAUGAAGUACAACUGAUGCGACUCGAUCCGACUAUACGAGAUGUUUUAGAAAGGAAUAAUGUAGUUUCUCGCUCAGGCCUUUUUAAUCAGCAUCAAGGGUUAGAUGCAAUUUUAGAAGAAGUAAAUAAGAUGCUGAAAACAUUAAUACUGCCUGUUCCACAAAUACGUCAUUGGAAAAUUGCUGCUCGCAAUUGUAAAAAAUUCUUCCAG